AAUUGAUGAUAUUUAUUUUGCAGACAUUAAUGAAUGUUCAACAAGCCCAUGUAACGUUGAUGGAACAUGCACAAAUACACAAGGCAGUUUCAAAUGUACGUGUAACAUGGGCUACCAGGGAGAUGGAUUUCGUUAUUGCCUUGAUUUCAACGAGUGUAACGAACCGUCGCUUUGUGGAUGUGACGUCACUGAAAGAUGUGUAAAUCGGUAUCCAAGUUUUGAGUGUCAGUGUCUAACGGGUUACGAGCGUAACAACCCAGAUGAUACAUUCUGCACAGAUAUUGAUGAAUGUAUUGAUGGUCCAAAUGGUUGUAGCGUUAACGCUACGUGUAUUAAUGUACCAGGGAGUUAUAAUUGCACGUGUGGGCCUGGGUGCACAGGUGAGCAAAUAAUAGCGACGGCCGAUAAGAAUAUGUAAACUGUUGACAGAUUUUAAAAUAUGUUAUUAUUUUCU